GGCAGGCAGAGAGCUUGGGAGGCUCAGAAUCCGGCGUUGGUUUCAAGGCAGCCAGUUAGCCCGCCACCUGUCUGUCUGUCGCCAGAGCCAUGGAGAGAGCCAGUCUGAUCCAGAAGGCCAAGCUGGCAGAGCAGGCUGAACGCUAUGAGGACAUGGCAGCCUUCAUGAAGAGUGCCGUGGAAAAGGGUGAGGAGCUAUCCUGCGAAGAGCGAAACCUGCUGUCAGUGGCCUACAAGAAUGUGGUGGGUGGCCAGAGGGCUGCCUGGAGGGUCCUGUCCAGUAUCGAGCAGAAAGGCAACGAAGAGGGCUCGGAAGAGAAGGGCCCCGAGGUGCGAGAGUACCGGGAGAAGGUGGAGACUGAGCUCCGGGGCGUGUGUGACACGGUGCUGGGCCUGCUGGACACCCACCUCAUCAAGGAGGCAGGUGAUGCUGAAAGUCGGGUGUUCUACCUGAAAAUGAAGGGCGACUACUACCGCUACCUGGCUGAGGUGGCCACCGGUGAUGACAAGAAGCGCAUCAUUGACUCAGCCCGGUCGGCCUACCAGGAGGCCAUGGACAUCAGCAAGAAGGAGAUGCCGCCCACCAACCCCAUCCGCCUGGGCCUGGCCCUGAACUUUUCAGUCUUCCACUAUGAGAUCGCCAACAGCCCCGAGGAGGCCAUCUCACUGGCCAAGACCACCUUCGACGAGGCCAUGGCUGACCUGCACACCCUCAGCGAGGACUCCUACAAAGACAGCACCCUCAUCAUGCAGCUGCUGCGAGACAACCUGACGCUGUGGACCGCCGACAACGCCGGGGAAGAGGCAGGCGAGGCUCCCGAGGAACCCCAGAGCUGAGCCAAGCCCACCCCCUCCCUGCCGCGCCCUGCCCUCCCCAGCACCCCCACCGUGGCAGAGAGGACUACUAGGGGUGGGAGGGCCGACCCCUCUCCCCGAACGCUCUGCACCCUGCUCACAAGAGCUCCAAGGAGAGGGACCAGCAGAGCCGAGGCCAACUGGAGCCAGGGGGUCCGGCUCUGCCUGCAGCUGUGGGAGCUCCUCGCCAGGGGUCAGCCCACCCACCCCUGCUCUCUGCACCCCUCCUCCAAACCCCACCGCCAACCGGGCCACCUCUAACCCCUCCUGCCUCUUUCCCACCCCGUUUGCCUCUGAAACUUAGGAAUUGAGGAGUGUCCCACCCUUGCGGCUGAGAGCUGGACUGUGUGGCGGAUGAGUGUGUGCAAGACUGAGAGAGAGUGAGAGCGAGUGAGUGUACGACCCAGAAUGACAGGGAAAGCAUGUCUGCUGGGUGUGACCCUGUUUUCUCUCAAUAAAGUUCCCCUGUGACACUC